AUGCCUCCCUCGCCCCCUUUCCUCACUCGUGCUCUCGUGAGAUCUUCCCUUCCUAUCGCGUCGCUUUCUCGCCAUGUACAUCGAUCUCGAGUCACGUUCACGCAUCUUGACGGGACGCCCGGGCCUCUCCAUCAGGCGCCAAGACAUGUCCUGUCCUCUUUGUGGCACGUGCAAGGAGUGCUUGGAUGCGGUGGCAGAAGGGCGCCGGGAGAUAGGUGGGCGACUACGGGAGCGGAGGAAGGGGAGGAGGAUGUAGUACAGUCGCUGCAGUCUGCAGGGGAAGCCAACACGAAGCGGGUGAAGGAGGGGGAAGGAUGGUCCAAGGUGUUUGAGUGCCCUACUUGCGGUGAGCGAUUCUCGAAAUGGAAGAAGCUUCAGUUUCAUCUCAAGACGCGUCAGCACAUCAAGCGAGGCUCCUACCCCACUUGGAAGCUGGUUGUCGUCAUGUUCAGAAACGAAGCUCGAGCCCAGCCUGAAGUGCGGGGGAGGCCUGGGCCAUUGACGUACUACUUGUGUCCUCUUUGCGCCUACUCGUCUCGCUCAUGGGCUCGCAUGUGGGAGCAUGUUGGAAGGACGGGGCACAUCUCCAGACACUCGUACCGCACGCAGAAAGAACUGCAGAUUCUCCUCCGACAGGGUCCAGCUGUCCUGCUGCGGCCUGCUGGCACUGUUCCUUUCACUAUCACCUCUGAGGCUCUUGCCGUCAUGUGGGAGUGCUGUAAGGGAACGGCCCACCAGGACUUGUGCGACACCGGGUGCUUGAAGGGGAGGGGGAGGUGGUUGGAAAUCGAUAUGGAGCUUCACCAACGGCGGCUGUUCGCCGAGGAUGAAUACGUCAUGCUAGCAUGGGUGAAGCAGGUCAAAUCAGGAGCCAAGCAAGGUUACUUCAUCGUCAAGCGGAAUCGAGCAAGAGUCCCAGGACGAGGCGCUUCUCCGGGCUACGGCUGUCCUCACUGCGGACGCGCUUUCGACAAGUUCACGCGCUUCUUGAAGCACUUCAAAGAGGAAGGAUGCAUGUCGGCAAUGGGAAGGUCGAGCUUCAUGACUCUGGAGGAAGUUCAGUACCGCGCCAUGCUGGUGUCGCCGCUGAGCAAGCGAGCGCUUGUGCGACAAAAUUCCAUCGACGUCGCAGGAUGGAACCCUGCAUGGCUGGAGGACCUUCGCCCUCGCGUGCAGAAAGAGCAAGAGAAGCAUGAGUUCGUGGAAGACCAGCCAGGCUUUCAGUUUGUCGUGUGA